AUGGCCCAUGGGGGCCUGCUUGCCCGCAGCGCGUUGCCAUUCGCCGAUCGGGAAUGUGGAGCCCCUGGCCCUGGUCAAAACCAAUCCACAUGGAAGCAUCGUCUCUUCGAACUUUUAGCUUGCUCUGAAUCUUGGCCAGAGAUGUCGUACGGUGGUAAUCAAGCUUACGGGCAAGGAGCCGGCUAUCCGCCUCAAAACCAGGGCUAUGGACCUCCAAGUGGCCAACCUCCAAGCCAGGGCUACGGGCCUCCAAGCGGCGGACCACCAAACCAAGGAUAUGGUCCCCCAGGCGGCGGCCAUCCCCCACAGCAAGGCUACGGACCUCCAAGUGGCCAACCACCAAGUCAGGGCUAUGGAGCUCCGACCGGCCAACCUCCCAAUCAAUAUUCAGGCGGUCAUCAUUCCCAGGCGCCUCCUCCUGGCGGACCGCCUCCCGGCAAUCCACAGCCGUCGGGAGGCUCGUUCAGACCCAGGCCUCCCACCGUUCGGAUUGAUCCCCAGUUACGUCAAUGGUUUGCGGCCGUCGAUAGCGAUAACAGCGGGAAUAUCACCGCACUCGAGUUGCAACAGGCCCUCGUAAAUGGCGAUUGGACCGCCUUCGAUUUAGAUACCGUUAAAAUGUUGAUGAACAUUUUCGAUACUGAUAGAAGCGGAACCAUCGGGUUUGACGAGUUUGCUGGAUUAUGGAAGUACAUAAAAGAUUGGCAAGGUGUAUUCAGACACUUCGAUGCCGAUCGCUCUGGGACGAUCGCCGGAGAUGAACUCCGCAACGCGCUCGAUCAGUUUGGCUUUAGGCUUCCGCCUCAUCUUCUCCAAAUGCUCCAGAGAAAAUACGUGAUUGCUCCCGCUAAAGGUACAGGCUCGAUAGCUACUCAGCGCAACCGUGAGGGUGGAAUAACCUUCGGUAAGUUUCUCCUCACCAGCGCUCUUGUGUAUUGUGUUGUCGUGAAAUCGCUGACGGAAGCGUUUCAGCGUGCCGAUACCGACCGAGACGGCUGGGUGCAAAUGUCAUACGAACAAUUUUUGCAGAUGGUCUUAGAGGCCCCCUAA